CGCUGCCUGGCUAGCUACUCCGGGGUUGGUCCAUAUGGAGGUGGAACGCGUGAAGAAGCUGGCGAGGGAAGAAGAAAAGGCCCAAAGCAGAAUAAUCCAGGGAAUCCCGGAGGAAUGUCUGGCGAAGGCCAUCGGUCUGACCUCGCCAGCCGACGCCUGCCGCGCGGCCGCAGUGUCCACCGCGUUCCGGUCGGCGGCGGACUUGGACGCGGUGUGGACACGGUUCCUGCCGCCGGACUGCGACGCCGUCCUGGAGCGGGCCGUCCACCUCGUGGAUGCUCCCUCCAAGAAGGAGCUCUUCAUAGACCUCAGCAACGAACACGUCGUCCUCGACGAUGGCAAAAUGAGUUUUGGGCUGGAGAGAUCGAACGGCGCCAAAUGCUACAUGUUGUCAGCAAGCGAGCUGGUAAUCGAAUGGAUGCAUGAAAAUCUUUACUGGACAAGGAGGACCGACCCUGAUUCAAGGUUCUCCAAGGUGGCAGAGCUUCUCUCAGUCUGCUGGCUCCACAUCUACGGCACGAUCAACAGCAGGGAGCUCACUCCAGCCACCCACUACGCGGCCUACCUCGUCUUCAAGCUCACCCAUGAUGCCUCAGGCCUCAGCUCCCCGCGGCAGACAUCGUUCGUCAAGGUAGGUGGCGGGCCGUGUCUCCAGUCCUGCCGGCCUUCCAGCACCAGCGGCGGUGCUUCUUCAUCCCUGCUGGUGGGGAGCACCCACACAGUGUCUCUCCAUCCCUGCAACCGUGCUUCAUGCACCCGUAACGGCGCUGCGGCUGCGGAGCCGCACGAGCACGAGCAAGGAGGAGGAGUCGGCGGUGUCGUGAGGUACCCGCGGCAUCGGGUCGACGGGUGGUUGGAACUGGAGAUGGGCGACUUCCACACGGACACGGACAUAUGCGGUGGGGAUGAUGUUAUGAUGGAAGUGCAUGAGUGGGAGGAGCUCAAGUGGAAGAAGGGACUCAUCAUCGAAGGAAUCGAGAUCAGGCCUAGAAAUUAAUAAUGGUGAACAAAUUAAUCUCCUCGUACCAUAUUGUAAGUCGUGACUAAAUAAUUUGUCUCGGUUUGUACUCUUUGAUCGACUGUUUGAAUAAGAAUAUGUUUUAACACGGUACAGCACGCGCAACACUGUUG